GAAAUCAUUUAUAAACUCCGCUUUUUAAAAUGGCAAAAUUCUGCCUCUAUUCCUGAAAUCUUCCACCAGUACUAAACUAGUGUUGUAUUUUAAAACGACAAUAUAAAUGGGGGAAAAAAAACUCAAUCCAAAAAAUAUAUAAUAAAAUAUUUCUAAAAUCUUCAUCUGCAAUCAUACGUGUAACAUUUUCACUUGCCCUUCGAUAAUCACACAGUUUUUCCCCCGAAAACGCUUUCACCGCCGCUAUGCCGCCGUCCGGCACCGGAGCUGAAGCCGCUGCCGGCGGCCGCUGCACGUGCUCUUCCAUCGAAGAUGAAAACCAAAACCAAAAUCAAAGCUGCCAGCAUUGCCGGCGAUCGACUCUGCCUUCCUCUUCGUCAUCUUGCUCGUUGCUUAGCCUUGAAUCCUAUCCGGUUCAGGACUACGAUAAACUUUGGAGAAUCUAUAGUGCCUCUAUUAAAGGCUUUACCAUUGGCGCUGGCCUCAAAGGUGGCCUCGCUAUCUUCGCUGUUCUCUCUCGGCUACGACGUAGAAAAUCGUUGUCCUCUGCGAAGAAAGCGCAAAUGGUGUCGAGCAGUGACGAUAUAAUUUUGGCACUAAAGGAAACAUUAAGAUAUGGUCUAUUCCUUGGCACUUUCGCUGGUACUUUUGUAUCCGUUGAUGAAAUUGUAUCUGCUUGGGGCGGUCAUCGAAGGUCAGCUAAGUGGAGAGCAUUGCUAGCUGGUGCAAUCGCGGGGCCAUCAAUGCUUCUUACUGGUAACACACAGCAUACAAGCUUGGCAAUUUACAUUCUUAUGCGUGCAGCUGUGUUGGCAUCGCGUUGUGGAAUAAAAAGUAAGCGGUUUGGGCUCAUAUGCAAGCCUUUAACUUGGGCUCAUGGAGACAUUUUCCUCAUGUGUCUAUCCUCUUCACAGAUCCU